AUGAAGGAAAUUGACUCGAAUCAUGACGGUUCUGCUGUAUAUAAUGCAGUGAAAAACCUUACGCAAGAAGAAGAACAAAAACUGUUUGAAAAUAUAAUUGCAGACUGCAUAAAUGAAGAAUAUUUUACUGAAUCCAAUGAAAUAGAAGAGUCUCCUGCUGAAAACAUUACAAAUGUUCCUGUCUCUUCAGCAGAAAUCAGUUCAAAUCAACAUGAACACAUUAGAUUCCGACCAUUAUUUAAUGCUUUUAUUGAACUCGAAACAUAUUCUUUAGUAUCGGAUAUAAUAUAUGAAGAAGAAGAGCCUUACUCAACAGAUGAUCUGUCAGAAAGUGGUUACAGUAUUGAGUCAGAUACGAUGUCAAUUGAAGACGAACUUUCUGAUGAUAUGAAGCAAAAUGAAAUAUUUGACGAGUGUGAUAUCGAUGAAAAUAUAUUAAUAAAGGCUCAAUAUCAAGCAGAAAAUAAUGAAACAUAUGAUUUGGCAUCUGUCAAUGCCACUUGUCCUGAUAUUGAAUCAUACAUAUCAGAUUUAACAAAAUCGGAUAAGAUGUCAAAUAUUUUUGAAGAACGGCCUGCGUCGAAUUGGAAUGAACACGUAGAUAACAUUUCUUCAUUGAAUAAUUCUAGUAAAAUAUUUAAAGACAAAAUUAUUAAUGUGCAAUCUGAAAGGGAUCUUGGUUUAUAUCAAGAAAUAGGAGAAAAUGAAUUGGACGCAUUUCAGUUUGAUGAAAGUGAAUUUGAAAUAAACACGAAGCUUUCACAAUUUAACGAUGUUGUGGGAGGUUCAAUUAGAUCAGAAGAAUUUAAUGAAGGUAAGAUCACAAAUAGAUUAUCUGUUAUCUAA